UUUUACCUCACCAUUAGAAAGACCGCUUACUAAUGCUAACUAAACUCUAUACUUAAGCUUUCGUAUUAAUCUUGGCUAGAACAUCAAAUCUGUGUUUGACUGUCUAAGGCUGUACCGUUUUAGAUUUGAAAGAGAAUAUAGAAAUACGGUUGGCUGCUGUUAUCUUGUAUUGAGAUUCCUACUCUCUGACAGUCACUUAUGACUGCCUGCCAUUAUACAAUCCUAUCAAGUUUGAAACAUCUCUUGUUAACGUCUUCAAGGUAAACGUUAUGGAAAAAGAACCAAGUGAAGUAUGAAAUUACUUCAUACCAUUUACAAGCAAAAAAGUCAAUAUAUACUCAGCAAAUGAGGCUGGAGGACUGGUCUGGGCUGGCUGAACAAAAGGGCGAGAAUGAAAUAGACCAAUUCCAUUUAAGAACAUUUUAGAAGUCACAGCUCGCGGCUAGAAAGAUUGCACAUUUGUGUAGACUUGUUGCAGAACCAGCCUUGAGGAGUUGUUGAGUGCAGAUGGGACAUGUGGCUUUAAUUGCUUUAAGAAAAAAAAUGCCUACUUCAUCUAGAACACAUCAGAGUUUUCUAAUAUUCAUGGGCUGGCUUGGUGGAAUUGGCACAUGUUUGCUGUUUCUGCAAUACAUGUCACAGAACUGCUCAUCCUUCCCUUAUCCCCACAUUUCUAAACCAAAUUCUGACAAAAUCCCAAAGAACACUGAUCCCGCUCCCAAUACCACUCUAGCUGCUCAGCCAGAAAAACCCAUCCUACUGCUGUGGGUCUGGCCUGAGAACUACAAGUGGGACUUCAGUGACUGCAAAACCUUCUACAACAUUGAUGGAUGUCACCUUACGGAUGACAGAAAUCUGUAUAAUCAGGCAGAUGGGGUUCUUAUCUUCCACAAAGCUAUCAAAUAUGAUCUGAGCAACCUUCCUCCAUCCCCUCGUCCUCCUUUUCAAAAAUGGAUCUGGUUCCAUGUUGAAUCGCCAACUAAUACUCAAAGAAUUCCAGCUCUGGAAAACCUCUUCAACCUCACGCUUGGUUACAGACGCGAUGCCGACAUCUCUGUGCGAAAUCUACUGACCGUCAGCAAAACCCCAAACAAGGAGUUUGAGCUUCCAAAGAAAGACAAGCUCGUCUGCUGGUUUGUGUCCAACACCAACCCCAGUACUGGAACAGGAACCAGGAUGAAGUACUAUGAAGAGUUAAGCAAACAUAUAAAAGUGAAUUUAUAUGGAAGUAUAACCGGAUCACGUAUGAAGGACGAAGAUUACUACCCUACCCUAGCCAGCUGUAAGUUCUACCUGUCGUUUGAGAAUUCCGUCCAUAAGGACUACAUCACUGAGAAGUUCAAUGGCCCACUUACAGUAGGGACUGUGCCUGUUGUUUUGGGACCCUCAAGAGAAAACUAUGAACAGUUUGCUCCAGGUGAUUCAUUCAUUCAUGUGAAUGACUUCCCUAAUGCAUCAGCGUUGGCCCAGUAUCUACUUAAACUGGACAAGGAUGAUGAGGCUUACAGACAAUACUUUGAUUGGAGAAAACACGUCUCUGCGACUCCUCAUUUAAUCCUGUGGAAUCAGGAGUUUAUUUCGUAUAUUUGUCAUGCUUGUGAAUAUAUUGGAAAGCACAAAGAGUAUAAACAAGCACACAAUAUCUACAGGUGGUAUUUUUCAUAACCAGCAACACUGUGUCAUUUUUAAAAGGAACUAUUUUGUAAAUCCUGGAAAAUUGGUAACAUUUUAUGUAAAUGCUGCCCAAAUCAGGGCAUCAUAACAUAUUAUGUAAAAGGUAACUGUGUUCUGAAUACUGCCUUUACAAAAUAUAUCUUGGACUCAAUAAAGACACUUUUUUUGUAUUCUGAA